AUGACUACAAGAAAAGUUUCCACUAGCAGCAAACAAAGUUCACUCAUGUCCUUUGUUAAAAAAAAUCUCGACACAUUGGGCAACAAUAAUCAAAGUUACUCAAAUGAGCUGGUCUCUGAGAAAAAAUCAAAAUUUGUUUGGAAGUCUAAAACCUCAACUUCGACAGAAAAUUGGACCCCACCAUUCAAGACUAACAAUGAUAUUAGGAAGAGCCAAAAUGCUUCUGAAAAUAAAUAUGAUAAAAUUAAUGGACCACCGAGUAUAUUAUCAAAUCAUAAUGUUAAUAAAACUCAUAGUACAAAUAAGGCGGACAGUGUUAAAAAACUUGAAAGCAAUCAGAGCAAUGAUAUGUUCGAAGCUAUGGAUGUGGAUCAUAAUCAGACCCACGAGAAGACUCCCUCCCCUGAGAAGUUCAAUAGAUCAGUGAGGAUAAGUGCAACACCAACUCCACCGAAGAAAAGUGCAGAGCGGGCUGCAUCAAAAACACAAACAUUGCGUACCCCAAAGAAGUGCAGCCCAGCAAAAGACAGAGACCCCUUGAAGGAUUUAAAGCUAGAUGGAUCGGUUUCUGAUUUAUUGAAAAAAAUAUCAUCACAUCCAGCAUUGAUGAAAACGGAGAAGGAUGAACACGUCAUCAGUAACAACUUGGAGGAGUGUAAAUCAAUGUACAUAGAGUUACUAGAGAAAAUAAGCAGUGCCUUCGAUAGGAUACCGAAUUGUAUAAAGAAUAAAUUCCCGGGUUACGACUGUAAAACAUACACAAAAAUGAAACAUCUAGGCGCUAAGUUGAAAUGUGUUAUCAAUAGAAAAUCGCGCGUAGGACAAAGGACUAAGUUGAACAGUGAAAAUAUUGAACAGAAUAGCCAUAAUUCAAACAACAGUACAAAUCGAUCUGUGAUAGACGACCAGGAAGACGAUCUGAACGACUUCGACCUUGAAACCAUCAAAUUGGAGAAUACUCAAAAUUCGAUAGACAACACUAACACGUCCACUCCAGAUUUGGAGGGUAGAUGCGAAACACGAAAAAGUGAGUGCUCGUUUUUAGCCGCAACUGAUACUCAGUCGCUCGACGCCUUCUCGCCGAUAGACGAGGUGAAGAUCCACUCAGACGUUGCGGCGGACUCAUCUGACGUCACCAGGAGCAAGGGGAAGUUCGUAUUCAAGAGGCCGUCGCGGUUCAGCACCAGCGGCCACUCGACUCCGGUCCACGACUUGCCCUCGUCCACUCUGGACCGACUGAAGACCGCUUCGGAGAGGCUGCGGCCGCUCCAGCCGGUAGACCAGCCGCCCAGGGUCUGCGCCCCGGUCGCGGACAGCUCGGUUAGAUUCCAACCCCCUUACUUGAGCAGGAGCUCGCUGAUGGAGAGCGAGGAUUACGACGAGACAGAAGACUGCGUGCCCGUCGAUAUGGACGACACGGACGCGGUGGAAAUUUCGAAGGCGAGCGUGAUCAGCAUCAGCGAUUCGGUGGGCGAUGACGUCAUCGACGACAAGGCCAUACCGGUGGACGAGGACGGCUGGCCAGAGUACAGGCUGGAGGACUUCGAGGGGGACGUGGCUGCGGCGGAGGAGCCCCCGGCGGUCGGCUCGCAACGGCCCGCCCCGGGGGAACCCCCCGCGAAGUACGAGGGCAUGGGCGAUUUCCACGCGGGCACGCAGAACGACGGCAUCACCGGCGAGUUCGACGGGCUGGAUUACCCGCACUCGGCGCUGAUGAUGGAAAUGCUCCGCGAGAAGUUCGGCCUCAAGUCCUUCCGGCCGAACCAGCUGCAGGUGAUCAACGCCACGCUGCUGGGCCACGACUGCUUCGUGCUGAUGCCGACGGGCGGUGGCAAAUCCCUCUGCUACCAGUUGCCAGCUGUGCUGACACCUGGUGUAACGAUCGUGAUAUCGCCAUUGAAGUCUUUAAUCCUGGACCAAGUCAACAAGUUGCUGUCUCUCGACAUCCCAGCUGGCCAUCUGUCGGGGGAUGUAUCCCUGGCCGCGUGCGACGAGAUCUACCACAAGCUGUCCAUGAGGGAGCCCCUGCUGAAGCUGCUCUACGUCACCCCGGAGAAGAUCAGCAACUCGCCCAAGUUCCAGGCGAUGCUAGACGCGCUCUACUCCAGGGAUAAGAUAGCGAGGUUCGUGAUCGACGAGGCGCACUGCGUGUCGCAGUGGGGCCACGACUUCCGGCCGGACUACAAGCGGCUGGGCGUGCUGAGGGCCCGCUACCGCAACGCGCGGCUGCUGGCCCUCACGGCCACCGCGGCGCCCAGGGUGCGCCUGGACAUCCUGCACCAGCUCGGCCUCGGCAAGUGCAAGUGGUUCCUCAGCAGCUUCAACCGCCCCAACCUCGCCUACCGCGUGCUGCCCAAGAGGCCGAAGCUCGUCAACCAGGAGAUCGCCAAGCUCAUCAAGGGCAAGUACUUCAGGGAUUCGGGCAUCAUCUACUGCCUCUCGCGGAAGGAGUGCGAGAGCCUGACCCUGGAGCUGCGCAAGGUCGGCAUCCAGGCGGCGGCGUACCACGCUGGCCUGGCCGACAAGAAGCGGGAGGCGGUGCAGGCCGGCUGGGUGGCCGACCGCUUCAAAGUGAUCUGCGCCACGGUGGCGUUCGGCAUGGGCGUGGACAAGGCGGACGUGCGUUACGUGAUUCACCACAGCCUGCCCAAGUCCGUGGAGGGCUACUACCAGGAGGCGGGAAGGGCGGGCCGCGACGGCGAGCCGGCCGAGUGCCUCCUCUACUACUCCUACAGCGACGUGCUGCGCUACAGGCGCCUGCUGGACAUGGAGCGCAACACCAGCCCGGAGGCGCGGCGAGUGCACGUGGAGAACCUGCUGCGCAUGGUGGAGCUCUGCGAGAGCGUGGCGGAGUGCCGCCGCGCGCAGGUGCUGGCCUACUUGGGCGAGCGCUUCGCCAGCGAGCUCUGCGCCAGGGAGCCCCGCACCGCCUGCGACAACUGCCUCGCCGCCGACCACUACACGCCGGUGGACGUGACGGAGGAGUGCAAGCUGAUCGUGCGCAGCGUGCGCGCCCUGAGCGGCGAGCGCGUGCCCUUCACGCUGCUGCAGCUGGCCGACGUGCUGCGCGGCUCCAACCAGCAGCGGCUGGAGAACCUUCGCGCUACUCCGCUGCACGGCAGGUGCAAGGCGUGGGAGCGCGGCGCCGCGGCGCGGCUGCUGCGGCAGCUGGUGGUGCGCGGGCUGCUGGCCGAGCGGCUCGUGCUCAACAACGACAUCGCCACCGCCUAUCUGCAGCUCGGGCCCAACGUCGACAAGUUGAUGUCGGGCGGGCUGCGCGUGGUGUUCCCGAUGAAGGUGGAGCGGCCGAGGGCGGCGGCGCCGGCCGCCUGCGCCUCCGCCGCCUCCUCGGCCACCUCGCCCCUCGGCGCCCAGCUGCGCCGCCUCGAGGAGCGCUGCUACGCCGACCUCGUCGAGGCGUGCCGUGCGCUGCAGCGGUCUCACGGAACACACCCCGUAAGCGCUGCAGCGCUGCCCGUAACAAUGGGGUGCGCUCUCAGGGAGAUGGGCGAGGCGCGCGGCGCGUCGCUGGCGGCGGUGCUGCCGCUGGCGGCGCUGAAGGCGAUGGCGGCGCGGCUGCCCGAGGCGGCGGCCGAGAUGCUCGCGCUGCCGCACGUGACGCGCGCCAACUACGACAAGUACGGCGCCGCCCUGCUCCGCAUCACCGCAGCCUACGCGCUCGAGAAGAUGGGUCUCCUGAUGCAGUACCAGGACGACCUGGAGGCGGAGCAGAAGAAAACCAGUGAUUUCCAAGAGGAGGGCUCCGAGUCGGAGACCGACUGGGCGCAGGAGGCGCGCGGCGCGGCCUCUGACGGCGCGGCGGGGAGGGGCCGCGGGGGCGGGAGGGGCCGCGGCAGGGGGAGGGGGGGCGUCAGAAAGAGGUUCAAGCGGAAGGGGACGUCUGCUGCGAAGAAGAAGGCGGCGAGAGGCGCCUUCGCCGCCCGUGGGAAGGCCGCUGGUGCGUCUGGCAACCGGCUUGGCAGCAUGCCAGUGCCAAAGGGGAACACGGCAGCCGCCCUCAACACUCGGCCCGGCGUCUUCAAGCCCUCCAAGCUGAAUCUUAUA